CUCCCUCUGGUACGUUCACAGGAAUGGCAGACAUUUUGUGAUUUCCCCCAGAUCACAGACAUUAGUAUUAAGCGUCUUUCUCAAGAGCAGAUGCCCUUGGAAGGAAGGGUGGUCACUCUCACACGCCAGGACGACCAGUGCAUGGAGGCUGAGUUUCACACCCUAACUGAGGCUCUUUCGUUUGUCUCUCUGGUUGAUGGAUAUUUUAGAUUGACUACAGAUUCGACUCACUAUUUCUGCACAGAAGUGGCCCCGCCAAGCUUGCUGCAGGACAUACAGAAUUACUGCCACGGCCCAAUUACGUCAGAAUUUGCAGUGCACAAGCUUAAGAAAGCCGGAGCCAAAAAUGGGAUGUUCCUGUUACGUCACAGUCCCAAGGACUUUGACAAGUACUUCCUCACUGUUUGCAUACAGACUCAUCUAGGGCUGGAUUACAAGGACUGUCUGAUAGAGAAAAACGAGAAGUUUAGCCUGGCUGGGAUCCACAACUCAUUCUGUAGUCUAAAACAGCUCACAGAUUUCUAUCAGCACAGUACGCUUCUCAUGUCAGACAUCCCCGUCACGCUGGGCAAGUGCUGCCCACCCAGACCAAAAGGUAGAACAUUUUUGUGCAACAUUUGCUUUUUGUAUCUUAAUAAGCAGCAGUUUUAUGAGCAUUUCUCAAACCUGCCUGCGCUGGAGUGGACUGAGCUGGCCGAACUGAUCGCUCAGUGUAUGCAGUACCAGCCUGAGCUCAGACCGUCCUGCAGAAGCAUCAUCCGCCAACUUAACAGCCUCAUCACUUCAGGUAACACACAGGUGUUUGCAAUCUGCUUGGAUCAGGUCCAUUCUUGA